UCGUGAAAUCUUCACCGGCUUUUCUCUGGUUUCCAUCAACAAUCUUCUUUCUUAUUCUUCCUCGCAAAAAUUUUGAGGAGUCCGAGGCUUAGGCUAAGGCAAAACUUCUUCAAGAACUGGCUAACUCUCAAGGAAUUCUGGAGGAAGCUGAAGAUUCCAGUAAUCAAAGGGUGGUUCUCGCCCUAUAUGAAGCCUUAAGCUCUCGAAACGUGAACACCGUUCACCAAAUCCUCGCUCCUGAUCUCGAGUGGUGGUUCCAUGGUCCGCCGUCUCACCAAUUUCUGAUGCGCCUUCUCACUGGAGCUUCAUCCAACGGCCAAUCUUUUCAAUUCGUUCCUCAAUCAAUCACAUCCUUCGGAUCCACUGUCCUCGUCGAAGGCUGCGAUCCUAGCCGUUCAAUCUCCUGGAUCCACGCUUGGACUGUUGCGGAUGGGAUAAUCACACAGCUUCGAGAAUAUUUCAAUACUUCCCUUACUGUGACUCGUCUUGGAGAUCCGACUGACUCUCCGUCGUCGUCCGCCGCCGCAUCGGAGAUUUCCUCUGCUUCGUCGUUGCAUCAUUGCCCUUCUGUUUGGGAAAGUACUCUGUCCAAUCAGGUGGGUAAAUCGGUGCCUGGGCUCGUCUUGGCCAUUUAAUCAAAUCUCUAAGAUUGGGUGCGGCCGUUUCUACUGUAACUAAAUAAAUAGAGAGAUGUAAGAAACUUGGGAUUGUGUGUGUGCUUUGUUUGUUUGUUUGUUUCCGCCGUGUCGUUUGGUAUUUAGCGUUUCUGUGAAGGUUUUGAUAUUGUGUGUGGUGGAGUUGGGUAAAUACCAUGGAGAUGAGAUUCUAUUGGUCGAUUCCCGAUGUAUUUGUAACGUUUUUAAUAAGGACAUGUUCCAAUGUUUGUCUUACAAA